GAGUUGAUAAUGGCUAAUGAGUAGAAACCUGAAGACCAUGAUCAGAUUUUGAUUUGAAGUAUGGUUGAUGAUCUUAUGGCUCUAGCUAGUGAGUAGUUUGUUUCUCUAGAUAGCUAGAGUUAGAAGACCAUCUGAUUUUCCAGUCAAAAUCUCCAGUAAACCCUAACCCCAAUUUUGUUAUUGAAGAAAGAAGAAAUCACCAACUUAAUCGAUCAAGGCUAAGUUUUCUUUCUAUAUCUAUAUCUAUGAUUUUAAUUUUAAUUUUAAUUUCCUGGAUGUUGUUUUUGUUUUGAUUGAGAAAAAAAUCCCCAAUAUAGUUAGGGUUUAUUCUUCAAUGAGUUUUACUUGAGGUGAAAUGGUCACAGAAUAAGAAAUAUCAAUUGUGUGUAAUGUGGGUAUCUAUUUUCAAUGUUUUGAAAUUGAGAAGAAUAAUCCCCAAUAUAGUUAGGGUUCUUCAAUGAAUUCUGAUUUACUAAAAUUUUAAACUUUGGGUUCUUUCUACAGCAAUAAACUUUUAUGUUCUUGUUUUGGUCUCAGCAAUAUAGAUAGAGAUCCAAAUGGACUUUGCUUGUUCAUUUGGAUGAUGCUGCACCAGGAUUAGUGUGAAAUUGAGAACUUUAGUCGAUAUAGUAGAUAUCCUGGGGGUUGUCAAUGUUAAUGUCCAGGUUAAGGGGCAACAAAGUUUCAUGAGAGUGUCAAAAGAUGACCUUUAUAACCUUCUUACUUGUUUUUGUCAGGUUAAAACCUAAAGUCCAUCACUGUAAUUUGAGGAACAAGUAGAAGUCCAUGUCUAAUCUUUUACUUAUAUUUUUUCUUUUACAAAAUGUUUUCGGCUUCUACUACGUGAAUCUGAUUUCAGCAUAUAGUGAAAGUGUGUGUAUCUUGUUUAAGUCUAAGCGUUGAUAGUUAAAGAGCUGAAUUUCUAAAAUGUUGUAAUAACCUGUUUCUCUAUUCUGAUUUGCUUCUAGGCGUUCCUGAAGGCUUGGAACGCCACGUGCACUGCAUCUACAGGGAGACCUAGAAUGAUCGUCCCCAAAGGAAAGAAGUUUUUAGUCGGACCAAUUAACUUCUUAGGUCCGUGCAUGACCAAAAUAAUCAUUGUUCAGAUAUCUGGAAUAAUAGUUGGUCCUCUAACCCUUAAAGAAUGGGGAUGGCCAAGUCUCAUUAAAAAAUGGAUCGUAUUCAAAAAGGUGGAUGGGCUUACUGUACAGGGGAGGGGAAUAAUCGAUGGUCGUGGUAAUUGUUGGUGGGAGAACUCCUGCCACAACAGUAAACAUAGAAACCGUCCGGGUUGCUCCCAAUCGCAGCCACAUUCAGUUAACUUCGUUGCCACUAGCAAUAGUCAGUUGAAGGAUGUAACGGUCACCAAUAGCCCUAUGUUCCACGUUACUUUGUUGGACUUGAGUAACUUUAACGUCACAAACCUGAAGGUGGAUUCCCCUGAAGAAAGUCCAAACACGGACGGCUUGCAUACACAAAGCGUUGAGAAUGUUAGCAUCAGAAACAGUUACUUCAGGAGCGGCGACGAUUGUGUUUCCGUUGGCAACAGCAGCUUUCACGUCUACGUCAAUGAUUGCCAUUGCGGACCUGGGCAUGGAAUCAGUAUCGGGUCUUUGGGGGAGUUUGGGAACAGGGCAGAGGUUAAAGAAAUUCAUGUGGAAAGAAUAAAUUUCUUCGGGACAAUGAAUGGUGUAAGAAUAAAGACAUGGCACGGCGGCAAAGGAGAGUGCCAUUCGGUCUCUUUAAAGCAUUGCAACUUCACCAAUGUGAUGAAUCCGUUACUGAUUGACCAACAUUACUUUGCGGAAUCUGCGAAAGAGACAAGUGCAGUAAAAAUCAGCAACAUUACAUAUGAAGACUUGCAAGGAACAACUGACAUUUUAACUCCAUCUGCAAUCAACUUGGAUUGCAGCAGAUUACUUGGUUGUUCGAGUCUUCACUUCAAAAAUAUCUUCUUCACUCCUGCUAAUUCUUCAACAAAAUUGACUUCCACUUGCACCAAUGCAAAGGGGACAACUCAGGGGAGGAUCGAGCCUCCUCUGAUUUGUCUCAAUCAUUGACACCGCCUCUCUCUCUCUCUCUCUCUCAGUGGAAGAUAGUAGCUAAUUAAGGUCAGCAGGGUAGAAUCAAUACGUAGUUGUAGAAUUAAUAUGUCAGAGUGCUUUGUUGCAUCGGUAUAUGGUCCUCAACAUCGAAAGCAGUGGGAUGUACCUGCAGUUUCUGGAGACGAUUACAGUGUAGAUUUUGACAAUGGAAGGUAGAUUUUAAAGGGUGUACAAGAAGGAAGAGUAUUUGAAGUGGUCUCUCUCAAUUGGAACGAUGAAAAUGAAAUACAAUGGACAGCCAACUCCUCUAAUCUCUAUUCUGUUAGCUCUUGUUACUCUACUGUUGGGUCUCUUCUCAUCAUCAGCCUAUGACAGGUAUAGAGAAAGUCAUCAUGAAGAUUUGCUUGGCAGAUUUAAGGUUUUUUCACAUGUUAGUUUUCAAGGAGGAAAAAAUAAGGUCGCUGCUCGUGUUUUUGGCUGCUUUGGAUUUAUUUUGUUAGUUUUCUUUUUAGCUCUGUGAGAAGUUGUUACUCAGUUUUCUCUGUCGUCGAAACUGUCAAAGGCUUAUGCCUUAGUUCCUUGUUGCACUGUUAUGUGUCCCCUUUUUAUUUCUGUUUUGUCUAGUAAUACAAGUUAAACCUUUUUCUUCAGAUAGAAUAAAAAUU